GCGUGCGUGCGCGCGUGCGCACGGCCGCCUCGCUCCGCGCCGGCUGCGGCGCCAGCCCGCCCGUCCCGUCCCGUCCCCGGCGCGGCCCGCCAUGGCGUCCGUCGUGGAGGAGCUACAGAAAGAUCUGGAAGAGGUGAAGACACUCCUGGGAAAGACUUCCAGGAAGAGAGUCCGCGAUGCCCUGACAGCGGAGAAGUCCAGGCUGGAAAUUGAGAUCAAGAACAAGACACAGCCGCAGGCACAGAAGAAAGCAGAUGCUGUCAACAGUGAGAAGCCCGCGGCCCUGGUGGCGCCGGUGACCACGGGCUACACGGUGAAGAUCAGUAAUUACGGAUGGGACCAGUCCGACAAGUUCGUGAAGAUCUACGUCACCCUGGCUGGGGUGCACCAGGUGCCCCCCGAGAGCGUGCAGGUGCGCUUCACGGACAGGUCAUUCGAUCUCCUGGUCAAGAACCUGAACGGGAAGAACCACUCGAUGAUCGUGAACAAUCUCCUGAAACCCAUCUCCGUGGAAGGCAGUUCCAAAAAGGUCAAGACCGAUACAGUUCUGAUCUUGUGUAGGAAGAAAGCCGAGAACACGCGGUGGGAAUACCUGACUCAGGUCGAGAAGGAUUGCAAGGAGAAAGAAAAACCCUCCUAUGACACAGAGACAGACCCGAGCGAGGGCCUGAUGAAUGUCCUGAAGAAAAUCUAUGAAGACGGAGAUGACGACAUGAAGCGAACCAUCAAUAAGGCCUGGGUGGAGUCGAGAGAGAAGCAAGCCAAAGGGGACACAGAGUUUUGAGGCUUCGGGUCCGAGUUGGGGGGCUCUGGCACCGCGGUAUAUGUAUUGCCGGUGAGGAGAUGGUGCAGAACCGCACCAGUAUGUUCGCCAACGGCUCACAGCCUGUUCUUAACUACUCAAGAGUUUAUUUAAGUAAUAAGCUUAUUGAAAACUUCCUACAAAGAUGGUUUCCAUAGUCCCCGGUUUUGUUCAAGAAAAGAUAAUACUGCAUUCUUGUGGGAAAUGUAAAUAAAUAAGUCUUACCUAAGGAAAAGGC